AUGUGGGGUGGCUCUGGGCCUUGUGAAGGACAUCCGAAAAGGUUGAGCAGAGUUCACGUGCACAGCAAGCAGGAUCUUGAGUUUGAUUAUUUAAAUAUAUUGCCAGAGAAAGCAUGGAAAGAUCUGGAAAAUGCCUAUACUUGUCAUCUUAAUACAGUAGAACAGACAGAAGCCACGACAAGGAAACGUUUUCAGAAUGGUUUUAUCGAUAUUUAUUCACAAAUGUGCGAAAACCUUGCAGAAAGAAAAGUACAAGUUGAUUGUCAUGGAGUUGCAUAUCUGUUAAUGUGGAGAAAGUUGGAAAAUAUAUCAUGUCAUGGACAAAAACUGCAACAAAUGAUAAUAGUCAAAAUCCCUUUUAUAUUUUGGGG